GCUCAGGGCGCCUGCGCAGACCCUGAAAAGCGGCCUGGUUAGCCCUGAGCUUUCCUUUUCCGGUUGUGGAGCCGCGCGGUGAGGAUCUUUAGUCCACGCCCGUAUUAACCAUGCCGUCCAAGGGCCCGUUGCAGUCCGUGCAGGUCUUCGGACGCAAGAAAACGGCCACAGCCGUGGCGCACUGCAAACGCGGCAACGGCCUCAUCAAGGUGAACGGGCGGCCCCUGGAGAUGAUUGAGCCACGCACGCUGCAAUACAAGCUACUGGAACCUGUUCUGCUUCUGGGCAAGGAGCGGUUCGCUGGUGUGGACAUCCGUGUCCGUGUGAAGGGUGGUGGUCAUGUGGCCCAGAUUUAUGGUGAGUCCCAGGAACUGCUCUGGCAGCAGGGCCCUAGUCUUUGGCCUUCACAAAGCUCAUGUACCCUUUUAUCGUGUCCCUUGCAGCUAUCCGGCAGUCCAUCUCCAAAGCCCUGGUGGCCUAUUACCAGAAAUAUGUGGAUGAGGCUUCCAAGAAGGAGAUCAAAGACAUCCUUAUCCAGUAUGAUCGGACCCUGCUGGUAGCUGACCCCCGUCGCUGUGAAUCCAAAAAGUUUGGAGGCCCUGGUGCCCGUGCUCGCUACCAGAAAUCUUACCGAUAAGCCCAUCACGAGGAUCGGGGUUCACCUAUAUAAUAAAAAUUGCUUGUAGGAUUUUAAGGUUUUAA